UAUAUAUAUAUAUAUAUAUAUAUAGAUAUAUUUUUAGUAUUUAUUUUUUUGGUUAUGGAGAAAUUCCCGGGUGAGCUUUGUCUGAAGAUCUUCCAAUUCCUGGAUCACCAGAGCAUUGCCACCGCCAUCCAAGUAUGCAGGAGGUGGAGGAGAUUAGCAUCCGAUGAUGAGUUAUGGUGCAACCUGUUUAGAGAAAGAUGGGGAGGAGACGCUGCUUCAUUUUAUGCGCCGCAGGAUUCCAAAUCAUGGAAGGAUGUGUACGUCGUACAAGACCGAUGCGAUCGCUAUGGACUGGGUCUAAAAAUCAUUAGAGAAGGGAAUGAUUACUACCUCAUUCAUCAAGGAGAAAUUCAGAGGCACUUAGGUUCUGGUCAUCGUAGAAGAGGGUACAAUGAAGAAGUCCCCUUAAAUGAUGCGGACGAGCGGGAACUCUCCGAGAUUUCCAAUAGAAUCCUCUUCUUUCUCGGCGAUUUGGAGGCCGCCUGCGCCGAUGCUAAGCGUGGGAGGCUAUGAAUAUGUAGAUAGGUAACAAUUGAUCCAUGUUGUAUGUCUUAACACCAGGUUUUUAGGAUACAUAUUGUUGUUGUGAAGUUAAUGUCUGUGUGGUAAGUUCAAUUGUAACCACUGAAAUAUAACACUGGGAACAUAAUGGUACUUUCUGUAACUUCAUCCUGUGAUAUUUAUUUUAAUAUUCUAAUACUAUGUGAUGUUUUACUUUUUAA